AUGAAGGAGUCGCUGCGGGCCGAGGCGGAGCAGCGCGAGCGGGCCCUGAAGGAAGAGAAGCGGGAGGUGGAGGCCGCCCUCGGCGCCGCGGAGGCAAACGUCCGGCGACAGCAAACGCUGGUGCGGGGACUGGCGCGGCUCCUGGGCGAUGUGCACAGGCGGCUGUGGUGGCAGCGGCGGUUCCAGGACUGGCUGGGCUGGGCCGCGCGGCGGAGACAGCUGCGGCAACUCGGCAGGGUUAUGGCGCACGCUGGAAAUGUGACGCACACCCGACACGCUUACACGCAGUGGCGCCUCUUUGCCUGCACCCGCAGGGAGAGCAAGUUCGCACGCGCCGAGGAGUCACGGUGGAGGUGUCGUGAGGCGGAGCUGCUGGCGGAGGUCGAGGCGCUGAAGGGCCUCGCGGAGGAGGAGCGGCGCCGCAGUGACGGGUUGGAGGAGAGGAUGAAGGCGGCGUUUGUCCGCGGCGUCUGCGCGUUGAACAAGGAGGCCGUGCAGGUGCUUCGCGGGACGCAGACCGCGGCCGCCGCGGCGGAGGCGGAGGCGGGGGACGAGGCCGGGGAGACGGGAGGGGCGCCGCGGCCGCGGCUGUACGACGCCCGCGCCGUGCGGCUGCCGUCCGCGCGCACGAGUCACACGCCCAGCACGACGGCCCGCCCUGAAAUCCCGCCCGUGCAGCGAACGGCAACGGCAACGACGGCCCCCGCGACAACGGCGACGGCGGUGGCCCCCGUGGGCGGCCAGGAAGGGGGAUACGCCUACCACUUCCAUGGAGUGCCGCAGCAGGAGGUCUCGCAGGCGACGACGUGCCCCGCACAUCCGCCGGCCCUGCCGGGGCCGCCCUGCCACAUCUGCUACGCACCCGACUCGUGCGCGUACAACGCCAGGGCGUCGCCGCACCAGCCGUUUGUCGUCUCUGUGGACCCCGCCGCGGUACGCAGCUACGGCGACACGUCGGUCUCCCAACGACCCCCGCACAUGACAACGCGCCGCUCUGGGCGGGUAGAGCAGCGGCCACGCGUUUCCCGCUGA